GAGGAGAAGGCUUGGGUCUGUUGGUGGCUUGGUGCCUUCUGGCUGUGGACUUUGCUCCAGAGUCCUCCUAAACUUGUUUGGAGCUGGGUCUUGUGGGUUUGUUACUCUGACACCCAGAAAGCAUAAAGUAAAAAGAAACGUGGGGAUGAAUGUGGUGUUUUCUCUGGCCAGGAAAGGGUUUCUUUUCUCGAGCUACUAAAAGUGCCAGGAAAUGUUUAGGUAGACUGAUGAUUAAAAGCCUUCUAACUAUUCUCUCAUUUAUUCAACUGCAACUUGUACAGACUGUGCUUGCUAUAGUCAGGUAUACCAUGGCAGGGAGUCCGCAGUGCAAAGUCUGGCUUUGAUGGGGCUAUUUUUCCAGGAGUAAUAUAAGGAGUAGGGAGAAGCAAGCUGAAGGGGUGGUUUCUCAGUUCUUCAGGUAGGAGCGUUUCCCUGGAGGAGCAGGGACACGAGUGAUAAAUGAGAAUAAAAACAAAUAAGAAGCUGAUGCAGCAAAGCCAAGUCAUACAAUUUAGGUGGGGGUUUUCCUCCCUCUCCUCAGGCUUGCUGUCGUAAAUGGGGAGAAGGGGUCCUUUUGGUGGUGGUGGUUGUUUCCUAACAAGCUUUUGUUCAACUGCAUUAAGGACAAUUUUCUCAGCAGUUUUAAAGUCUUUUGGAGAAUGAAGCUGGCAGGUUUCAAAGUGCCCCGGAGACCCACAGCAGUGUGAUGAGCACUCCCAGGAUGAUGCUAGGGGCUGAAAAGUGUGGAGCGUGUGGUCCUGGCUUCGCCUCGCCUCUGGAUGCAAUGAAAGGUCCCCGGGAGGAGAUUGUGUAUGUGCCCUGCAUCUACAGAAACACUGGGAGGAAGAAACCUGACUUUCUGGCCACUGUGGAUGUCAACCCCAAAUCUUCAGACUAUUGCCAGGUGAUCCACCGCUUGCCCAUGCCCAACCUGGGGGACGAGCUGCACCACUCGGGGUGGAACGCCUGCAGCAGCUGCUUCGGGGAUGCCACCAAGAAGCGGAACCGCCUGAUCCUCCCCAGCUUCAUCUCCUCCCGCAUCUACGUGGUGGACGUGGGAACUGACCUGCGAGCUCCCAGGCUUUUCAAGGUUGUCAACUCGGAGGACGUCUUCUGGAAGUGCAGCCUGGGCUACCCCCACACCUCCCACUGCCUGGGCAGCGGUGAAAUCAUGAUCAGCACCCUGGGAGACCCGGCUGGCAGCGGGAAAGGUGGCUUUAUUCUGCUGGAUGGAGAGACCUUUGAGAUCAAGGGGAACUGGGAGAAAGGGGACAAGAUCCCCCCGAUGGGUUAUGAUUUCUGGUACCAGCCACGCCAUAACGUCCUGAUCAGCACUGAAUGGGGAAUCCCAAAAUGCCUGGGAUAUGGGUUUGAUCCAAAUGAUCUGAAGAAAGGGUGCUACGGACGCCGCCUCAACGUGUGGGACUGGACCACUCACACCUACGUCCAGGCCAUCGACGUGGGCGAGGAUGCGGCCCCCCUGGAGAUACGCUUCCUCCACAACCCUGACGCCGCUGAGGGCUACGUCGGCUGCACCAUCAGCAGCGCCAUCCACCGCUUCUACAAGACCGAGCAAGGAGACUGGGCAGCCGAGAAGGUGAUCCAAGUCCCCAGCAAGAAGGUGGAGGGAUGGCUUCUCCCAGACAUGCCAGGCUUCAUCACCGACAUCCUCAUCUCACUGGACGACAGGUUCCUGUACUUCAGCAACUGGCUGCACGGAGACAUCCGCCAGUACGACAUCUCCAAUACCCGCAAGCCCAAGCUGGUGGGGCAGGUCUUUCUGGGUGGCAGCAUCACCAAGGGAGGACCCGUGACUGUGUGCAGGGACGAAGAGCUGCAGAGCCAGCCAGACCCAUUUUUCAUCAAGGGGAAGAGGGUGCCGGGAGGACCCCAGAUGAUCCAGCUCAGCUUGGACGGGAAGAGGCUGUAUGUCACCACGUCCCUCUACAGCGCCUGGGACAGGCAGUUCUACCCCAACCUCAUCAAGGACGGCUCCGUCAUGCUGCAGCUGGACGUGGACACGGAGCAGGGCGGCCUGACAGUCAACGAGAGCUUCCUGGUGGAUUUUGGGAAGGAGCCUGACGGGCCCUGCCUGGCACACGAGAUCCGCUACCCCGGCGGGGACUGCACCUCUGAUAUUUGGGUUUAGCCACCUCCUGCUGCCCCCGAAGACUCUCCGCACCCCAAAAUCCCAGUGCACAAGGGCUUCGGGAGUUUCACACACUCAGCAAACUGCUGGUGACCCGUGCAUCCUGCCCUUGCUUAAAUAAAACCAAGAUGUUGUCGUCCU